CUCACCCGGCACACAACCCCGUCCAGAUCCAUCGCGCCCCCGCGCAGGUCGUCAAACCAGCGACGCGCGCCGGUGGGGUGGUGAACCCUCGCUCGCCCAACCUCCCACCGUCCGUACCCGCGCCCCAUGCCCCCGCUCACGUGCGUGCCCCGCCACGCGGGGAAAAAACACAGGGGGGGGCUCGUGUCCCUGCGAGAUCCCGUGGAAAACGGCCGGAGAAGCGGCCACGCGCGCGGGCGGCGUCACGUGCCGGCGACCACCAGCCCCAGCCACAGGCCACCCGCCGCCACCGUCCUGAUUCCUGGGCAUCCUGCUCCGCGAUCCUCAUCCUGUCAUCCCCUCGCUCGCCGCGACGUGAGCCCGUGACCGGGACCAAGUUGGUGUGCUGGCGUGGCGUGUUAUAAAUGCUGGCCGUCCUCGCGCCACCGGCUUUUCCUCCCCCCUCUCUCGCUCCUCUCCGAAUCCCCGCGCAGGCAAGGGCGGCGAGGAGGAGGGCAGACGAGGCAGCAAGACCGAGCCGCGCCGGGGGCUCGGGACGGGGGAGGCCGAGGAGACCCCUGAAGUCGCAGAUCCUACCUCCUCCUUACCGCCCGCCCGUGCCCAAUCAGCGCGCCGUUCUUGCCGCCGCUUCCUCCGAGGGACAUCGCAUAAACAAGAAGCUACACAGGAUGGUGCUCUGGGUCUUCGGCUACGGGUCCCUGAUCUGGAACCCCGGCUUCGACUUCGACGACAAGAUCCUUGGCUUCAUCAAGGGCUACAAGCGCACCUUCAACCUUGCAUGCAUUGACCAUAGAGGCACACCAGAGCACCCGGCGAGGACCUGCACGCUUGAAACCGACGAGGAGGCCAUCUGCUGGGGUAUCGCAUAUUGCGUCAAGGGUGGUAUAGACAAAGAGCAGAAAGCAAUGCAGUACUUGGAGAGAAGAGAGUGUGAGUAUGACCAGAAGAUAUCUGUUGACUUCUUCAAGGAAGGAGAUUCUCUGAAGCCAGCUGUGACAAACGUGCUAGUUUUUGUAUCCACACCUGAUCCAAUCGGCAACAAGUACUAUCUUGGUCCUGCCCCUUUGAAGGAUAUGGCAAGACAAAUUGCUACAGCCAAUGGCCCCAAUGGCUAUAAUAGGGAUUACCUGUUCUCCAUGGAGAAGGCACUGGCCAGCAUAAGCCAUGAAGAUGAUGCGAUAAUUGAGCUUGCUAAUGAGGUGAGGAUGGUGCUGAACAGAGCUAAGGAGGCGAAGAUCACUGGCUCCGACAUAACCCUGAAAUCUCAUGUUCCGCUGGUGCACCUGUCUGCUCUUCCCGAAGGCACUGUUGUGGACUCGAGAUAGCAAGAACCUUGAAGCCCAGCUGGAUCAGCGAAGGAGAUGAAUGUCCUCUGACCAUACUUUUGAUGUUGUUCCAUCGGAGACUCCAAAUUUGCUUUCACCUCUUUCAUGUUUGUCUUCUGUACCUUUCAGUGUGGAAAUGCUAAAGACAGCACUUGUGAUAUUUGUUUUUGAGCUCUUUCACAGUGCAUAAUAUUAGGUUAUACAAAUGUUUGAUAA